AUGACCACCAACAACCCAGACACGCCUUGGGUGGCUCACGGCUCAGAAGACUUCGAAGAAGCCGACGAACCCCCCGAGCUAAACUUCAAGAAGCAACCACUUGCUUCAAGCAACUUCCAGCGAACCGCCAUUCGACCCUCCAACGACAAGUCGUCUCUGUUGACCAAGGCCAUCAUGGGAAACUCAGAUGACGACCUCUACCAAACCCAAACUCACGACCUUCAACGACCCGCCCUGACCAGCAACCAACGGCGGCGUUCCCUUGCCAGCACCAUCAGCCUCGCCUCGACCGCUGACCUAACGAGCGACACUGGUUUCACGAGCCCUUCGCGGCCCAGCACCCCGAGCCCUCCUCUCCCCGAGAUGACCAUGCUCCGCUUCAACGACGAACGGGUUGCAGACCCGAAGCAGGUCUCCCUGCUCGGGGCUGCUGUCAGAUUGCAAGCCAGGGCCGAGGAGGCACCUCGCAAGCGAAGCAUCCAGUUCGCGUGCGGAGGUAAGCCUGCUGCUCAAGAUCAGACACCCCGGGCUCAGCCUAUGGUCAAGACACCUUCUGCUCAGGAAGCUCCCCGACGACCCUGUAUCAAGUUUGCCUGCCCGGCUCGACCUGCCUCAACCCAGAACACUCCCCCAAGAAACAUUGACAUCCAUGCCAGCCGAGCUGAUCGCACACCCAAAGCCGAGUCUCCAUCCACUCCUAGACGGAGCUCGACGUUGACAUUUGCUGUCCCGGCUGCGCCUCAACCGACCACUCCUCGCAGACACUCGAUGUCACGGCCCAAGUUUCUCCGUGCCAACUCGUCCGAUCUGGCUACGGAUGGCUCCCAGUUCCACGAGUUUGCCAGGGGCACAACUCGCGAGGACGACUGGAUUCGUCGCGAGAGCGAUGCCACGGGGGCUAAGCUUACCAUCAACGACACCCUUACUAAGGAGAACCAUAUCCGUCGCCUCGCCACUGAGGCCGAAGAGGAGGCCCUGGAGGAAGAGGAGGAGCUGGACAACGACGACGAGGAUGCAGCCUUUGACAAUGAUGAGGAUGAUGAAGACGACGACGACGACGACAAUGAGGAUGAGCUCGACGUCGACAUUGAGGAUGAUGAGGAUGAAGAUGAGGACGAGGACUCUGAUGGUUAUCACACCGACGAGGAGACCGGAUUCGCUGAUUCUGAAGAGGAGGACGAAGACGAUGACAUGGCUCUCUGGACUCCUAGUGCCAAGACAGUGGUUCACAUCAGUUCCGGUACCCCUCAAGUCCGCCGCCCAUCCAUCCACGAGCGAAAGUCGGACUCGUCCAUCACGACCCUGAGCAGCCAGCAGCGGACCAUUCGCCGGGAGAAGCCAAGACGCCCUAAGCAGCGCGAUGAGGCUCCUGAUCUUCCCGACAGUACUGACUUCGUCUGCGGUACCCUGGAUGAGGACAGACCUCUCGAAGAAGCGUAUCUCUCGUGCCUAGCAGCUCGAAGGACCGAGAAGCUCCGUCUCAUUCCUCAGGAUAUUGACCCUAGCUUCCCUGCCUCCGAGUCUGAAGACGAGGGUGAUGGAGAGAUUUUCAACCCUGUUCAUCAUUCAAGCGAUGAGGAAGACUUUCUUCAUGGGAAGAUGGAGGACUUGCAUCACGAACGCGACCGCCGCCGACGGAAGAGUGAGCAUGCUUCACCUAAAAGAUUCCGCUCGCCGGCCCCUAAGCGCCACCUCUCUCCUCCCCCCAAGGCCAGAGGACGUUCGCCCAAGCCCUUGUUCGACCGACACUCGCCCCGCAAGGCAAAGUCGCCAGCUCCUGUCCGAAAGCCCCUACUUACACCCCUUGGAUCCCCUCGUUGUGGUCAGGUCAAGUUCAACCUCGCCGGCCGCCCUGGUCUCACUCAGACUAAGUCCCUCCCACGUGCUGGUGCCAUGUGCCUGCAGCGCAAGCAAGCCCGACAAAAGAUCGUGCACGACAGCGACGUCCACGUUCGCGGGGCCAUCGACAUUGUCAAGGGCCUGGAGAGCAAGCGCCAGCGACGCAAGGAGAAGUUCCAUCAAAAGUACUGCAACCGUGCACGACGAGGCCAGAUCCCUGAGCGGAAACCUGUUCCCGGCCGUGGCACGGAACGCAUGCGAGAACUUGGCCUCUUGAUGGCCGGCAAGAAAGACCAGGGCCACUAUGUCAUCUCUGUCUAG